AUUACUUCACAUAAUUCUUCUUCUUCAUCAUCAAUCUCCACCAUUUCUGCAACUAAAAUUCAGAUUCUAAGCAAAAAUGGCGGCUAACACAUUGAUGAGCUGUGGCAUUGCCACUGCUUUUCCUUCUCUUCUUUCUUCUUCCAAGUCAAAAUUUGCUUCUUCUGUUCCUCUUCCUUAUGUUAAUGGCUCAUCUCGGAUUACCAUGUCUGCGGAAUGGAUGCCCGGCCAGCCCCGUCCUCCUUAUCUCGACGGUUCUGCUCCCGGCGACUUUGGAUUCGACCCUUUGGGACUAGGAGCAGUUCCAGAGAACCUUGAAAGAUUUAAAGAGUCUGAGCUCAUUCACUGCAGAUGGGCUAUGCUUGCUGUUCCUGGGAUCCUAUUGCCAGAGGCCUUAGGAUUGGGGAACUGGGUGAAGGCACAAGAAUGGGCAGCAAUUCCCGGUGGACAAGCAACAUAUUUAGGGCAACCAGUUCCAUGGGGAACACUUCCUACAAUUUUAGUAAUUGAAUUCAUAGCGAUUGCCUUCGUCGAGCACCAACGAAGCAUGGAGAAAGACCCCGAAAAGAAGAAAUACCCUGGUGGUGCUUUUGAUCCCUUGGGCUUCUCCAGGGACCCUGCUAAAUUCCAAGAGUACAAGCUCAAAGAAAUCAAGAACGGUCGGCUGGCAUUGUUAGCAUUCGUAGGAUUCUGUGUGCAACAAUCGGCAUACCCAGGAACCGGACCUUUGGAGAACUUGGCAACUCACUUGGCAGACCCAUGGCACAAAAACAUUGGGGACAUUGUCAUUCCUCCAUCAUUUUAAAGAUACCAAGUCUCAUAUCGUAUCCAUUGUACAAUUUUAUGUAAUCAUCUGUAAUCAAACUCAAUCUCAUAUCUUUUAGCUCCCUAAAUUUAGAAGUGACCCUUUUAUUUUUA